AUGGUUCCCAUAGUUCUACCAGAGCCCAGAACGGGCGCGAAGCGCGGUGCAGGGAGCCGGCCGAAGAGUGCGACGCCGGCCGCGAAGAAGCAGCGACUGUCAAGCACGGCGACACCCUCCUCCACGACGCCACUCACCCGAUCGCCCGCGGUGGACUCUCCCGCGCCAGAAAGGAGACAGCCUCGACUGCCAGCGAAAGUGCUCGACACCCGUCCCCUGCCGAGCUUGUCAGAAGCACAGCCCUUUGCCCUGCCCAACGAGGAAUACCAGAGCAUGGCCGCGAGCGCAGUCCUGUCCGCGUCACUCGACCGAUCACGAGCAAAGUGGACAGGUGAGGGCAUCUUCAAGAAGCAUUGGGUGAAGCCCGAGAGUGGGAGGAACGCGAAGCCGCCUCCACCCGGCAACCCGGAGAUGAAGUCAAUGAAGCACAAGGGAGAGUGUAGAAUACGCCUGGAGCCUCACAUCUUCACUGCGGACGUCUAUGUGGCAGAUCAAGUGAGACAGCCCGCACCGCCGAAGCAACAACUACAUCCUCAGACCCAUCGGCCGGUCCAGCAACAGCCUCAGAACAGAGCUCUGCCCCCACUACAACCAGGAAGGCCGCAGCCCAUGCAGAACGGGUCCGCGAGCCCGUUCAGCCAGGCAACUCCUGCUGCAGGGCCACGCGCACCUCAAGCCACAUCUGGCCCUUCUCCCGCACCUCCGCAGCAGAGCAACAAGCAGCCGCAGGCAGAUCCAGUCAUUAGCAUGCUUGCCAGCCGCGCCUCUUCUGACGCCGAACUGAAAGCACUGAUGAAGCAGGUAGCUACCGGCAAUGCCACUCCAGAUCAAUUGCGCAUCUUCCAACGGCACAUUGAUGAGCUCACCGCCAUCAUUUCUCAGCAGAACGAGGAAGAGGAGCAUCGCAAGGCGAAGGCAGCACAAAGCAGCGACAGCAUCCAAUAUGACGGAGCAGCGGACUCGAGGCCGGCGGUGCCAGCACAGGGCCGACCGAUACAACCACAACAGCCCAUCCAUCUGCAGCCAGUGGCCUCGCCGCCAUAUCCUCAGCCGCAGCCACCUCUCACCUUUCAGCAACAGCCACCCGCUUGGACUCCGCCUGCGCCAAACAGCAAUGCCGUCCUCUUGAGCUUUGCUCCUUGCGGAGGCUCCGAUGAUCGCUUCCUCUUUCCGCAAUACGGCAUCCUGGAGUCUCUCUCGCCGCAACACUUGCUGAUCAGUUUCAUGGUCACAAAGAAGGGUAGAGAGGCAGCCGACACCACUGGGCUGGAUCUGGACAAAGAAUUCUGGCAGCCAGUCACCAUGAUGAUAGAGGUCAUGUACGGCAAAGAAGAGAUCCUGAACUGCGUUAGGAGGUGGGUGAAGCCUGAAGAUGAGGUUCGGAAGCACAUGGAGGAUGUCAUGAAGAGAUGCGAGAGAGCGCCCUUGAGCUAUCUAGCCGUGAGACUGCCAUUCAAAGGCGCUGUCAGCCUACCAGAGAGUGAAGAGGCGAGCAAGGAGACCACUCCGGCUGCCGAGGAGAAGAUCAAGACAAAAAUGGCUGGACCCGCCAAGAAGAGGGCUUCACUGUUGUCGAAAUCUGUCUCGGAACCGACAAAGAGUGCUGGCGAAGCAGAGAGCCAGACAACAGUAGCAGGUGCUUCGCAGACACUAGAUGGUGCCAGCGAUCCGAAAGCCACGAGCGAUACCGCUCAGGCAGAAACUCCUGAAGGCGGACGUCCUCGGAGAACUGUAAGAAAGAGCGUGCGGAUCAGCGAAGGCUGA